UGUAUGGUAUUAUACUUCUAUCAUGAUAAAAAAUUGUAUUAAAGUAUUUUUGUGACAAAAAUGUUUUAUGGAACAUUCAUUACAAUUUGGUUCAGUAUAAUUAUUUAUUUUUGUAGAAGAGACAACAGUUGAUUUUGAAAAUCUCAAAAAAUCAGGUAUUCUAGAGAAGUGGUGUACAGAAGGUAUUAUGAAGCUGGAACUGACUCGUGUCCAUAUGGUCGGUCCUGCUGGAUCUGGUAAAACGUGUGCGCAACAACUUCUACUUAAUGAACCACCUCCCACAAAAUCUGCUACUUCUUCUGAUCCACACUCUGAUGUCCGAUCAGCCACUAGCUCACCACCUGCCAAGUCUACAACUGAAGCACAAUCCUCUGGCCUCACUCUAGCCACUAAACAUACCACUGACAGUACACCAAUAGCUUGUAAAGCUGUCAAAGCUCUUAGAAUAGCUUCUCAUGAUGGUACAGAGACAUGGAACAAAAUUACUGAAGAUAAGUUACUAGAAAAACUAGCAGCAAGUUUAAAAGAAGCUAAAGAAAAUGCAGCCGCUCAACAAAUUCAGCCACUUUUGAACAAAUUAAAGGAUGCCAAAAAGGAAGCGCAAGAAACACAAGAGGAACAUCUCAAUUCUGGGAAUGAAGAGCAAAUUGAUUCGGAACCUAAUUCAAAGCAUUCAUCCUCUGAUUCAAGGAAAUCAGAGGAUUCCAAAGAAAGUAAGCAAGAAGAAACACCACAAGGUGAUAAUGAUGCUGGAGAUGUACUUAAAGAUAUUGCUGAUCUCAUACCUAAAGCAGGAGCUCAGUUAAGUGAGAAGUGGGUAUACAUUGUUGAUUCUGGUGGUCAACCAGCAUUUCAGGAGCUGCUACCAUUGUUUACUAGAGCAGCUACUCUUAAUGUCAUCACACUUGAUAUUUCAAAAGACCUUGAUGAGAAGUUUGAGUUUAUGUAUCGAUUUGAUGGACAAAACUUUCCAUGUGACAGAGGAAUGAAACAUACAAAUCGUAAAGUUUUCAAUUCUGUUGUUUCAUCAGCAUCAGUUCAAAAACCAAUUGAUAUUCCAUUUGUAAAGCAUCAACCUAAACACUCAAUGUCUUUUGUCCUGGGUACUCACUAUGAUGUUUUGAUUGAAAAAAACAAAAACAACAAAGAAGCUGCUAAGGCAGAGGUUGCCAAGAUGAGUGAUGAUUUGAUGUCUGCAGUGCCCCAUUUAACAAAACGUAUUCCCAGUGUACAUAAAACUUCUGUCAUAUAUCCAGUUAAUACAUUACAAAAAGAUGAAAGAAUGCAAAGUAGCAAAAAUAUUUUAGAGACAAUGUCAAAGUUCACAGAGGUUACCAUUGAAAUAGAAGUCCCAGUUCGUUGUUUUGCAUUUGAGCUAAGCUUAGAAAAAAAGGCAGAAGGCAAAGGCUUUGUUACUAGAGAAGAAGCUAUUGAAGAAGGCAAAAAGCUUUAUAUGAAAGAAAAAGACGUUGAAAUAGCUCUAACCUUUCUUCACACUAGCACAAUCAUUUUAUACUACCCUCAGAUUGAAGUUGAACCAAAACUAGUAUUUGUUGAUCCUCAGAAAAUCAUCGAUGUUCUUUCACAUUUGUUAGCUCUCACUUAUGUCAGUUAUCCAAUACCAGCAACAAAACUGGUACCAAAAAUAGAUAAUACUGAGAUAUGUGAUCUAAAGGAAGGCUAUUUCACCAAAGAUCUUCUUGAAAAGUUUCCAAAAGUAUUCUCAGAUAAGUUCACAUCAGAAUACUUUAUUAGCCUACUUAAACAUCUUGACAUUGUUACACACAAAGCGUGGGUGAGGGCCGGAGAUAAUAAUAGCAUAGAUGAUAAUAUCUACUUCAUUCCUGUUGCUUUACCUGCCUACAAUGAUGAAUAUGAUAAUGAUCUACCUAAAAGUAUAAAGCCUCUUUAUUAUGUGUGGACGGAGGAAGGUGAAUCAAAAUCAAAGAACUUUGUUUUUGUUCCUCAAGGAAUUUUUAUUUUAAUUUUUGUCCAUUUGCUCAAAAAGGAAGAAAUUGAAUUUCGUCAAGAUCACUCAAUGUAUCGUGAUACCUUUUCACUUCGAAUCUACAUUAAAGGAAAACGUUGCACACUAUACAUCAUCAAUCGCUAUAGACAUAUUGAAGUCUAUUUCAAUGGUCCUAAGAACUAUUGUCCACAAGUCCGUAAGCUAAUUACUACAACUAUUAAUACCAUCAGUAGUGAACAGCAUUAUAAAAAUGCAUUUCCUUGCCCCAAUGGAAAUAAGCAGUGCUAUUGCAUUGUGAAUGAAGAGUAUAAGGUAGCAAAUUGCUCAAAGUGUGAUUUAAAUGAUAUCAGUGAAAGUGAUGAGAGUUACUGGUGCUGGUUUAACUCUAGCUCAGGAGCAGAGAAAGCAGAAUAUAAUGGAAUAGAACCAGACAAGACAAAAAAAGAUGAUCAAAAGCCUCCAGUUGUCAGUAGUGAAUUUUUUCCUGAAAUUAAAGACUUUGAGGAUGACAAGAAAAUGAAGAGGACAUUUUCGACACAACUAAUCAAGGAAGAGCAAGAGUUUAUAGAAAAAGUCAAUGUCAUUCUGGUGACUGCCACAAAAAACGAGUACCGUGCUGUGAUGGGUGCCACUGAUCCUCCUGAACAUGAUGGCAAAUAUAUAAAAGUCAUUAUAAAAGAAGAAUCAGAAAAAGCAUUUAUCCUAGGGAAAUAUGGGCUACAUAAUGUUGCAGUGAUAAUGACAGGCCAGGGUCCAAAGGAAACCGACAAAGUUCUUACUUCAAUACGAAAGAUAGUGAAAGCUAAGUAUGUCAUUGCUAUUGGGAUAUGCUAUGGAGCAAAGGAAGGCAAAACAAAAUUAGGUGAUAUCAUUGUUGCUGAAAGUAUUGUCGAUACUCAAAAUAAGCGUGAAGAAAAAGAUACAAUCAUUUUAGCUGACACAUACCACUGUGGAGAGAAACUGGUAAAUAUAUUCAAACAUGACAAAGACUUUGGAUAUGAAGCAGAUAAAUCAGUUGAAGUUCACGUUGGUGUCUUGGUCUCUGAGUUCACGUUGCAUCGCAAUGAAGAAGAAAAACAGAAAAUAUUAAAAUACGUCCCAAAAGCACUUGGAGGAGAAAUGGAAGCAAAUGGUAUACAUCGGGUUGCUGAUAGAGAAAGAGGAUUUGAAUGGAUAGUAAUAAAAUCUAUCGUUGACUGGGGGAAUGAAGACAAAAACAAAGAUUGGCAACCAUUUGCAGCUGUCUUGUGUGCAAGGUUUGUCCUAAAAUACUUUAAUGAUCCCGUUCGUGAAGGUGACCUACUAAAGGAACAAUAAGCAUUACAAUUUCUAAUCUAAACUAGAUGUAGCUAGACA